UACGUGGAAGCAGCCAGCGCGUGCGCAGUCUGAGCCUUUCGUCUCAGCUGUGAGGAAAGCGCUGAGGGUAACGUCCCCGGCUCGGGGGAGACCUGCGGGGUCAUGGCCCCCCGCUGACAGGGCCCGCCGAGUGGAGAAGGGGGCGAGGCUCUCCGUGGACCCUCCGCCGGGUCCGCGGCAGUCGACUUGUCCCUCGGCCUUCCCGUUCGGUGCUGCCGCCGCCGCCGCCGCCGCCGGCGGCGGCUGAGGCGGGGAGAUGAGCUGGUUCAACGCCUCCCAGCUCUCCAGCUUCGCCAAGCAGGCCCUGUCUCAGGCCCAGAAGUCCAUCGACAGGGUCCUGGACAUCCAGGAAGAGGAGCCGAGCGUCUGGGCCGAGACCAUUCCGUACGGAGAGCCGGGAAUAAGCCCCCCUGUCAGUGGAGGAUGGGAUACUUCAACCUGGGGGUUAAAAUCCAACACUGAACCUCAGAGUCAACCGGUAGCGUCUCCUAAAGCAAUUACAAAGCCAGUUCGGAGAACUGUGGUAGAUGAAUCUGAAAAUUUCUUCAGUGCCUUUCUCUCUCCCACCGAUGUCCAGACCAUUCAGAAGAGUCCAGUGGUAUCAAAACCACCAGCUAAAUCACAGCGACCAGAAGAAGAAGUGAAAAGCACCUUACAGGAGUCCUUGCACGCUGGACAGUCAAGAACAACUGAAGCCCCUGAGCCCAAAGUAGAAGACUCUCCUCCGUGUGUAUCAGGGGAAACUCUGACAGCGAGUACUCUGUCUCCUAAAAGUAAGGGCAAGCAUGAAGAAACUCUUAAUAAAGAAUCUGAUACAAAGGUGUCAACCGUACAUUUGAAAGUAUCUGAAAGUGUAAUUAAUGUGAAAACAACUAGGGAAAAUGUAUCUAAUAUGCGUACACAGCCUCUCACAGCGGAAACAAAGGACAUGGCUUUGGAGCCUAAGGAGCAAAAACAUGAAGACAGACAGAGCAAUACACCUUCUCCUCCUGUUAGUACCUUCUCAUCAGGUACUUCUACCACUAGUGAUAUUGAAGUUUUAGAUCAUGAAAGUGUAAUAAGUGAGAGCUCAGCAAGUUCGAGACAAGAGACUACAGAUUCAAAAUCAAGUCUGCACUUGAUGCAGACAUCCUUUCAGCUUCUCUCGGCAUCUGCUUGUCCUGAAUAUAAUCGUUUAGAUGAUUUCCAAAAACUCACUGAGAGUUGCUGCUCAUCUGAUGCUUUUGAAAGAAUAGACUCGUUUAGUGUACAGUCAUUAGAUAGCCGUAGUGUAAGCGAAAUCAAUUCAGAUGAUGAAUUGUCAGGCAAGGGAUAUGCUUUAGUACCUAUUAUAGUUAAUUCUUCAACUCCAAAGGCUAAAACAGUUGAAUCUGUUGAAGGAAAACCUGAAGAAGCAAAUGAAACAUUAAUUGUGCCCACUGAAGAAACAGAAAUGGAAGAAAGUGGACGAAGUGCAACUCCUGUUAACUGUGAACAGCCUGAUGUCUUGGUUUCUUCUACACCAGUAAAUGAAGGGCAUACUGUCCUAGACAAGGUGGCUGAGCAGCCUGAAGCUCCUGAAAGUCAGCCAGAAGCACUUUCUGAGAAGGAAGAUGUAUUCAAGACAGUUGAAUUUCUGAAUGAGAAACUGGAUAAAAGGGAAGCUCAGUUAUUAUCUCUUAGUAAAGAAAAAGCACUUCUAGAAGAAGCUUAUGAUAAUCUGAAAGAUGAAAUGAUCAGAGUGAAAGAAGAGAGCAGCAGCAUUUCUUCCUUGAAAGAUGAGUUUACUCAAAGAAUUGCAGAAGCAGAAAAGAAAGUUCAGCUAGCCUGCAAAGAGAGAGAUGCUGCUAAAAAGGAAAUCAAAAGUAUAAAAGAUGAACUUGCUACUAGAUUAAAUAGUAGUGAAACGGCAGACCUUUUGAAAGAGAAAGAUGAGCAGAUCCGAGGGUUAAUGGAAGAAGGAGAAAAACUUUCAAAACAGCAGCUGCAUAAUUCUAACAUCAUUAAGAAAUUAAGAGCUAAAGACAGAGAAAAUGAAAAUAUUAUUGCAAAGCUGAACAAAAAAGUUAAAGAGUUAGAAGAAGAGUUACAACAUUUAAAACAGGUCCUUGAUGGCAAAGAAGAGGUUGAGAAACAACAUAGAGAAAAUAUUAAGAAGCUAAAUUCUGUGGUAGAACGCCAAGAGAAGGAUCUUGGCCGACUUCAAGUAGACAUGAAUGAGCUUGAAGAAAAGAACCGAAGUAUUCAGGCUGCUCUUGAUAGUGCAUACAAAGAACUUACUGAUCUCCACAAAGCCAAUGCUGCAAAAGAUAGUGAAGCCCAGGAAGCUGCUCUAAGUCGUGAAACGAGAGCUAAAGAAGAACUUUCUGCAGCAGUGGAGAAGGCCCAAGAAGAAGCCCGUCAGCAGCAAGAAACAUUAGUGAUUCAAGUGGGGGACCUUAGGCUGGCACUGCAACGUGCAGAGCAAGCAGCUGCCAGAAAAGAGGAUUAUUUACGUCAUGAGAUCAGUGAACUCCAGCAGAGACUCCAGGAAGCAGAGAAUCGAAACCAAGAACUGAGUCAAAGUGUUUCAUCAACAACAAGACCAUUGCUUCGACAGAUAGAAAAUUUGCAAGCAACUCUAGGGUCCCAGACGUCAUCAUGGGAGAAGUUAGAGAAGAAUCUUUCUGAUAGACUUGGUGAAUCCCAGACCUUGUUGGCAGCAGCAGUUGAGAGAGAACGUGCGGCCACAGAAGAACUUCUUGCCAACAAAAUUCAAAUGUCUUCCAUGGAGUCACAGAAUUCUCUCUUAAGACAAGAAAACAGUAGAUUUCAGGCCCAGCUAGAAUCAGAGAAAAAUAGGAUAAGAAAACUAGAGGAUGAAAAUAAUAGGUACCAGGUUGAAUUAGAAAACCUAAAAGGUGAAUAUGUAAGAACACUUGAAGAGACAAGGAAAGAAAAGACACUGUUGAAUAGUCAGUUAGAAAUGGAGAAAAUGAAAGUUGAACAGGAAAGGAAGAAAGCAGUUUUCACUCAAGAAGCAAUAAAAGAAAAGGAACGGAAGCCAUUUUCUGUUUCUAGCACUCCCACAAUGUCACGCUCAAGUUCGAUAAGUGGAGUUGAUAUGGCAGGGCUACAAACAUCUUUUAUGUCUCAGGAUGAGCUUCAUGAUCACUCAUUUGGACCAAUGUCUGUAUCAGCAAAUGGAAGCAAUCUUUAUGAUGCUGUAAGGAUGGGAGCAGGAUCAAGCAUUAUUGAAAAUCUACAGUCUCAGCUAAAGCUAAGGGAAGGAGAAAUUACUCAUUUACAGCUAGAAAUUGGCAAUCUAGAAAAAACACGCUCCAUAAUGGCUGAAGAGCUAGUUAAAUUAACAAAUCAAAAUGAUGAACUUGAAGAGAAAGUGAAGGAGAUACCCAAACUUCGAACUCAGCUAAGAGAUUUGGAUCAAAGAUACAACACUAUUCUGCAGAUGUAUGGAGAAAAAGCAGAAGAGGCAGAAGAACUUCGAUUAGAUCUUGAAGAUGUAAAAAAUAUGUAUAAGACUCAAAUAGAUGAACUUUUAAGACAAAGGCUCAGUUAACUUCUGAAAAUUACAUUCCCAUCAAACUGAAUGUAAACAUUUAAUAUCUAAGUGCAGAUAUCCAAUAAAUUCUUUUAUAGAAUUAGAAAGUGGAAUUUAGCAUUCAAAAAUUGAAAAAAAUUGUUUUAUAGUAUAUAGUAAUAUUUCCAGUUAAAUU